AUGGAUAUAAAAGAGUUGGAUAAGAAGUUUCUGGAGUUGGCCACAAAGCUAAAGUGGCAGAGAUGUCCCCAGUGCACCAUCUUUGUCGAAAAUACUGGUGGAUGUGUGGAUGCAACUUCUGCUACAUUUGUGGGAAGAGUUGGGAGUUUGGUCAUACAUGCAAGAAUCAUGGGUAUGUUUUCUGCUAUAUGCGAAUGUAGUAGUGAUGUAGUUGCCAUGUUCGGUAGUGGGAUUUCAAGUACUGUCAUGUUUGAACAGAUGAGUAAAUGGGAAGAGGAGAGGAAUGAUGAGUGGGACAAGUGGAGCAAUAUGUAUUGA